CCAGAUUUGGUCCAAGAUGAUAAGGCGACCGGUAGCAUUAACGACCUCUGGCCGAGCCGAAAUUUCCACGCCCAUAUGAUAUUCUGCCCCAUUCGUCCCCACCCAACAUGUACACUCUCGAACGUGUCUUCAAUUGGCACUGGCAGCUCGAGGGAUCGCACAACGAGCCUUGAUGACCAGAGGAUCGGCCGAGGAAUGGAAGCGCGAAAUGGGGGUGACUGGGAGGAGAGGAGCAGGAGUCAGGUGGAAUAG